AUGCUUAUUACGUUGAAAAAUCUGCAACAGCAAACUUUUCAAGUGGAUAUAGAUCCAUCAAAAACUGUAAAAGAAUUGAAAGAAAAGAUUCAUACAGAGAAAGGAAAUGAUUACCCUGCAGAAAAUCAAAGGCUUAUUUAUGCAGGUAAGAUACUCAAUGAUGAAACUCCUGUCAGUGAAUAUAACAUAGAUGAAAAAAAGUUUAUAGUAGUGAUGGUUUCUAAGCCCAAAGGGCCCCCUCCCUCUCAUCAAGGGCCAGCUGAUCCGACUGCACCUCCUGCAACAACAGCAGCACCUCCAGCCCAAGAAGCACAGCCUGCUCCUCCUCAAGAAGGAACGACACCUGCUGCUAGCAUUUCCCAAGCUGAAUCAACACUACUCAUGGGUGAUGAGUAUAGUACCAUGGUUCAGAACAUUGUUGAUAUGGGAUAUGAAAAGCCACAGGUUGAAGCAGCAUUGAGAGCUAGUUACAACAACCCUGACAGGGCUGUAGAAUAUCUUAUCAAUGGAAUUCCUCCAGAUCCAGAUGCAUCAGAGCAACCAACAGCAAAUGAUACAACAGGUGAACAAGGAGAAAGGACUGAAUCAUCAGAAGAGCCUCUUGGAUUUUUGAGGUCACAGCCUCAGUUCCAACAGAUGCGUUCUGUAGUACAACAGAAUCCUGAACUUCUUAAUACAGUCCUCCAACAAAUCGGCCAAAGCAAUCCUGCUCUCUUACAGCUUAUAUCACAACACCAAGAGGAAUUUGUCCGAAUGCUCAAUGAGCCUGUUAGCGCAAGUGGUGGUGGCGGCGGUGGCGGUGGUGGUGGAGGUGGUGGGGGUGGAGCUGAGGCAACACAAAACUCUACUACUACUCAAGUCCCAGUUACGCCCCAGGACAAGGAAGCUAUUGAAAGGCUAAAAGCUCUUGGCUUUCCUGAACACCUUGUUAUACAAGCGUAUUUUGCCUGUGAAAAAAACGAAAACCUUGCAGCGAAUUUCUUGUUAUCACAGACCUUAGAUGACUGA